AAUCCACGGCUCCUGCCGGCUUGCGAUGAAUUUCUACUCACUUCUCAUACGAUCGGACGGUCGAUAAGUUCGUUCUCAAUUCAAACCUUUCUGCUAGUUUGCGUAGUUUGUUUUAGAAUGAAUCAAUCAAAAUGUUACUGUGGCCCGGGCUACGCCACUCCAAUUGAUGCUGUCCGAAAUGGACCACGAGAGAAGAUUAUGUACGUGGUAACAGUGCAACCGAAUUUGGAAGAGCCCCACGGUGACUAUCUUUCGACGGUAGAUGUUGACCCGGACAGUCCAACAUAUUGCCAGGUAAUUCAUCGCACAUUUACGAACAGCACUGGCAAUGAGAUGCACCACAGCGGAUGGAAUACAUGCUCAAGCUGUCAUUUCGUAGAUGAUAACACGAAAGCACCCAAAAGAGAUCGCCUAAUUUUGCCAUGUUUGAAUUCUGAUAGAAUUUUUAUCGUUGAUGUGGCAACGAAUCCCAGGGCUCCAUCGGUGGUAAAAGUUAUCGAAAGCGAUGUACUGAAGAAAGCUAACGUAACGGCUCCACAUACUACCCACUGUUUGCCAAAUGGAAACAUUAUGAUAUCAAUUAUGGGCGACGCGGAAGGGAAUGCAAAAGGAGAUUUUGUCCAAUUUGAUAAGAAUUUUGAAUAUGUUGGUACAUGGACUAAAGGCGACAAGAAAGCCAUAUGUGGUUACGAUUAUUGGUACCAGCCUUACUUCAAUGUGAUGGUAGCUUCAGAAUGGGGCGCUCCAAAGCUGUUCAGACGCGGUUACGAAGACUCUGAUGCUUUGGAUACACUUCAGUAUGGUCGUCGUUUGAACUUCUACAAGUGGAAUGAACAGGAAUUGUUCCAAACGAUUGAAUUAGAUGAGGAUGGUAUAUGUCCGCUUGAAAUUCGAUUUCUGCACAAUCCUAAGGAAAAUCAGGGUUACGUUGGAUGUACGUUGUAUGCAAACGUGUAUAGGUUUUUCAAAGAUGAACAAUCGGAUAAAUAUUUAGUCGAAAAAGUAAUUGACAUUCCAGCGAAGAAAGUAGAAGGAUGGGGUGGAGAGUACAUAAAUGGAAUGAUGACUGAUAUUCUCAUUUCAUUGGACGAUCGGUUCAUAUACUUCAGCAAUUGGCUGCAUGGCGACGUAAGACAAUAUGAUAUCACCGACCGAUCAAAUCCAAAAUUAACUGGACAAGUAUUUCUCGGAGGUGCUAUAUUGUCUGAUUCUAAAGUGAAAGUAACCGAAGAUAAGGAACUCACGGAACAACCAGAUCCAACUUUCAUUAAGGGCCGACGACUUUUGGGUGGACCGCAAAUGUUGCAACUGUCGCUGGAUGGCAAACGCUUGUACGUGUCAUCGAGCUUGUUCUCCCCUUGGGACAAACAAUUCUAUCCGGAAAUGGUGAAGGCGGGUGGAACCAUCGUACAACUUGACAUUGACACGGUCAAUGGGGGCAUGAAAAUCAACGAAAGCUUUUUAGUGGAUUUCGGCGAUGAGCCGUAUGGUCCAUCGCUACCGCACGAAAUGAGGUAUCCAGGAGGCGAUUGUACUUCCGAUAUAUGGAUUGUGAAUGAGUAAAAACUGUUAGCUUGUACAUUCCGUUGCAAUUGUCGGCUAAGUCUGACUGAUAAUAACAACCAACUUCAGAAUAAUAUAGUAUGCGAAAUACUUCCUUCAAGUGCCUGUUGAACGUAAGUGUGCAAGAGAGCCUAAUGAUUGAUUUCGAAACACAUUUCAAAUCAACAAUAUUUUGAUCAACCUUCUAAGACGAGUUAAGUAACUCCAUUUAAUUCCACUAAUUUUUUCGAUAUCUUUGCAGAUACGUAUUUCGACCACAAUUGUGUGGUCGAAAUUCGUAUCUGCAAAGAUAUCGAAAUAAUUGGUGGAAUUAAAUGGAGCUACUUAACUCGUCUUAGACGGUUGAAUACAUUCCACUAAAAAAAGAAUAAAAAAUAAAAAGAGCUUAAAAUAUUUUUCUGAAAAUGUUUUGAUGGACCUACCUACAUUCUAUCUUAAGGAAUCAAUGUCCUAAAUGG